AUGGGCAGUCUCGCAGUAAGCCCGGUGUUUGUCGGUGCCAUCGACCAGGGCACGACCAGCUCGCGCUUCCUCAUCUUCAACGAGCAGGGCGAGCCGGUGGCGUCGCACCAGCUUGAGUUCACACAGCACUAUCCGCACCCAGGGAAAGUUUCCGUUGGACCGCACGACCCGCUGGAGAUUGUCGAGUCGGUGCUGACCUGCAUUGACGGGGCCGUGGAGUCGUUUGAGAAGCAGGGUCACCACCGGUCGGCGAUCACGACGAUCGGGAUCACGAACCAGCGCGAGACGACGGUGGUGUGGGACCGGGUGACGGGCGAGCCGCUGCACAACGCGAUCGUGUGGACGGACACGCGCAGCCAGGCGCUGGUGCGCGAGAUCAAGGUGGGGCUGGGGGCGAGCGAGGUGCAGCCGAUCUGGGGGAUUCCGCUGUCGACGUACCCAUCGGUGAGCAAGCUGCUGUGGCUGCUGGAGCACGUGCCGGCCGUCAAGGCAGCAUACGACUCGGGCACGCUCUGCUUCGGCACGGUCGACACCUGGUUGGUGUACCGGCUGAACGGCGGGCCCAAGGCAGACGUGCGGGUGACGGAUCCGAGCAACGCGUCGCGCACAAUGUUUAUGAACCUGGAGACGCUCGAAUACGACCCACGGCUGUUUGACUUUUUCCGCGUCGACCCGUCCAAGCUGCAUCUGCCGCGCAUUGUGCACUCGGCCGACCCGACCGCGUUUGGCCGGCUGGCCGACUCGGUGCUGACAGGCACGACGAUUACGGGCUGUCUGGGCGACCAGUCGGCAGCGCUGGUCGGCCAGAAGGGCUUCUAUCCCGGCAUGGCCAAGAACACGUACGGCACCGGCUGCUUUCUGCUGUACAACAUCGGGCCCAAGCCGGUGGUGUCGACACACGGGCUCAUGACCACGGUGGCCUUUGACUUUAGCGGCGCCGACUCGGGCAUGCAGCCCAUGUACGCGCUCGAGGGCAGCAUCGCCGUGGCCGGCAGCAGCAUUAAGUUCCUGGCCGACAACUUUGGCUUCAUCCAGUCGAGCAAGGAGAUCAGCGCGCUCGCCGAGACCGUCGAGGACAAUGGCGGCUGCACCUUUGUCACCGCCUUUAGCGGCCUCUUUGCGCCCUACUGGAUCGACGAUGCCCAGGGCACCAUCUUUGGCAUCACGGCCUACACGCAACGUGGUCACGUGGCACGCGCCACGCUCGAGGCCACCUGUUUCCAGACCAAGGCCAUCCUGGACGCGAUGGAAAAGGACGGUGGUCACGUGCUGCGUGAGCUCGCCGUCGACGGCGGCAUGUGCAACUCGGACCUCACCAUGCAGACCCCGGCCGACAUCUCGGGCAUCCCGGUCCACCGCCCGGCCAUGCGCGAGACCACCGCGCUCGGCGCUGCCAUCGCUGCCGGCUUUGCUACCGGCGUGUGGAAGAGCUUUGACAGUCUCGCCCGCGUCAACACCCAGGGCAGCACCAAGUUCCACGCCCACACGGACGCGCCCACGCGCGACCAGCGCUUUGCGCGCUGGCAAAAGGCCGUUGAGAUGAGCCGGGGCUGGACCUCGUGA